AUGAUCUCCCGGGCGAAGGAGCUAGGAUUUGUUUACCUUUCCCUGGCAGCAUUGAAUUUCGGCUAUGAUGUUGGGACUUUUUCUGGGGUUCAGGCCAUGGAUCCGUUUAUUCGUCGCUUCGGUUCAUACGACAAAGUAACUCAGGAUUAUAGCAUUCCCGGUUACUUGGUCUCGGUGAUGAAUUCGACUCCUUUCAUUGGAAAAUUGAUUGGAGCUUUGGCCUGUGGCAUUGUCACAGAGAGAUGGGGACGGAGAAGUGCGGUUGCCGUUAUGGCAUGUAUCUCUCUCGUAGGAGUCACCCUGCAAACAUCAGCAACAACCGCAGCCCAGUUCACCCUCGGCCGCAUCAUCAACUUCGGCAUGACGGGUUUCUGCAUCGUGGUGACACCUAUCUACCAAGCAGAAUGUUCACCACCGGCGCUGAGAGGACUGAUUUCGUCCACAGUUCAGUUCCAGAUCCUCCUGGGCCAACUUAUAGCGUCACUGGUUAAUUUGGGGACGCAGAAAAUAACCUCGAAUUCUUCAUGGCAAAUACCUAUUGGACUGCAAUUUAUCGUGCCCGUCUGUAUUCUGGCACUGUUGCCAUUCAUGCCGGAAUCGCCGAGAUGGCUAGUGUCUAAAGGCAGAUAUGAUGAGGCAGAGCGGUUUCUGAAGACCCUUCGACCAAAAAGUACAACAAGCGAAGAAAUUUCGCUUGAGAUCGAAUACCUACAGCACUCAAGUGCAAAUCAAGGUAAAGGAUCGUGGAAAGAAGUGUUUGAUCAAAAGAAUCGGAUCACUGGCCAGGCCUUCAUCUCGCAGUACGGCGUGGUCUUCUAUAAACAGCAGAAUAUCAGUGACCCGUUUUUACUGGGCGUAAUUCAGACGGUGAUUAGCGUUGUCUGCAGUGUGAUCACGUUGCUUUUCGUGGACCAGGUGGGAAGAAGGGCGAUUAUUUUGACGGGCGGAACCGCGAUGGGUUUCUUCCUGCUCCUGGUAGGAGGAAUGGGCACGCUGAAGAAUCCCGGGCCUAAUGCCAAACGGACAAUGGUGGCAUCUUUGAUGAUGUAUGGGGCAUCGUAUGCUCUAUCAUGGGCGACAGUAUCCUACAUUAUCCUUGGCGAAGUGGCCAACAGUCGCGUCAAGGAAAAAACGAGCGAUCUUGCAGUAUCGAUUUCGGUGCUGACCACCUUCGUGGUGUCGUUCACCAUCCCGUACCUGUUGGACGCGCCGUAUGCCGACCUGGGAGCCAAGGUUGGAUUUAUCUACGGCAGCAUCACGAUCGUCUCGUCAGUGGUGGCGUACUUCAUGGUUCCUGAGAUGAAGGGGCGUUCCUUGGAGGAAGUGGACCGGCUGUUUGAGGCCCGAGUGCCGCUGAGGAAGUUUCGGCAGGCCAAGUUGGAGGAGGACCGGGAGCCAGAGAAGAGUGGUGUUUGA